GUUAUUCAUGUCCAACAAAAGAGUAUCAUCUUCUUUUCUUAUCUCUAUAGUUUGUAUGGCAUUGUGCCUCUCUUAAUGGCUUUCUCUGUGACUCACUGCUACUACAACUCCUUCCCUUAUCUUUCUCAUUUCUCAAAAACCUCGACAACGAAACAUGUCCGUUGUUCUUUCCCAUUGAUUCGUGCAGGUCAAGCCGGUGAACCGGGCAGCUCACAGCCACAGCCACAGCCAAAGCCAGAGACUAAGAGUGAUGCUUCCUCAUCCUCCUCUACUACUGCUGCUAAGUCUUCACCUGCUGCCCCUAAGACUCUUCCCAAGAAACCUGUUUAUUCAUUGAAGAAAGGUCAGAUAGUGAGGGUGGAUAAGGAGAAAUAUCUUAAUAGCAUCAAUUAUCUUUCUGUUGGGCACCCAACCUAUUACAAAGGAUUAGACUACAUUUAUGAAGACCGCGGUGAGGUUCUGGAUAUGCGAAUAUUUGAAACAGGAGAGUAUGCACUCAUUGCAUGGGUAGGAGUUCCCACUGCUCCAGCUUGGCUUCCUACAUACAUGCUUAUAAAGUCGGAGAAGCUAGAUUAUGAGAGGCUAUAACCUGCCAGUUGGGGGCGCAGAACUGAGUAAAAUAUAUAAAAGCAUGUGCUAAUUUUUGAAUGAAAAAAUGAGUUCAAUUGCCAUUAUAGGACAUCAUACAUGAACUUCAUCUCAAUCUAGAUUCUAUGUAUUAAACAUAUUUUAUUCAAGGAAAAAAAUUAACAACUAUAUUGGAACAAA